CGGUCUCGGUCCCACCUCUCGGUGUGUUUACCCGGUACCGAGCGCUGUCCGCGCGCGAUCCACCUCGUGGUUAGAUGGAGCGCUUGAGGAAGACCACGGGCAGUUCUGCUGGAGAGUGCGAAUAUGUAUAUAUAAUUCAUCCAGUUUUUCCUUAGUCUCACAUCAACCUAAAAACAUUUUUUAAAAUGUCAUGUUUCACUUUCGAUCAUUACGGGUUUUACCCUGUGGCAGUUUUUGAAGAAAUGGAAUUCACUGAGUAUCCCGGCGUUUCCUUCCUAAGCAGGCCCAUUUCUCUACUGCAUUAUCGUAGCACCCACACUUCGGGCACCCCGGGACACCGUCCGGACACCGCCCACCUGGAGCGGCGCAGCGCCUUUGGCUGGGGAGUGUUGGUCUCCUCCGGUCUGAAUAUGGUGCGGACUAAGGCAGACAGUGUCCCUGGCGCCUACAGAAAAGUGGUGGCUUCUCGAGCUCCCAGGAAAGUGCUUGGUUCCUCCACUUCUGCCACUAAUUCUAAGUCGCCUUCUUCCAGGAAAGCUGAAAAUAAGUACGCAGGAGGGAAUCCAGUUUGUGUGCGCCCAACUCCCAAAUGGCAAAAAGGAAUCGGGGAAUUCUUCAGGCUGUCCUCUAAAGAUUCUGAAAAAGAAAAUCGGAUUCUUGAAGAGGCAGGAAGCAGUGGCUUAGGAAAAGCAAAGAGAAAAGCACGACCUUUGCAACCUGAUCACACAGAUGACGAAAACGAAUAGAACUUUUUUAUUCAUCUUUGAAUAAUGUCUCCUGUUUACUCUGGUAUUCUAGGGUGUAAAUUUGCAUAAAUGUGUUCCAAUUAGCUUUGCUGAAAUAGGCAUUUAAUUUAAAAAAUGAGGCUUACAUUUAGUUGUUCAGAAGCAAGUAGUUACUAAAUUAGGAAAUUGUAAGAUUAAUUACGGUUACUUAGCUUAAUAUUCACUAUAAUGCAAUAUUUGGUUUCUUUUAUCUGUUACUAAGUUUCUUGUUCUUGCUUAAAUCAAAUCAUUGCAUGGUGUUCUAAUUAGAAACUAUUGUAUUUGAAAUUUGCUUAGAUCUUUGGACUGCUGCCAUUGUUAUUGGCAUUUGACUAUUGGAAUGGUGCCAUAUUGUUAUUCCUUUUAUUUGCUUCAGAAAGCAGAGUUUGAUUUUUGCACAUUAAAAAAAAAAUUCAGUAUUAAUUAAACUUAACCUCCACCCGUUUUCACAAAGGGGACCAAAGAUGAAAUGUUGAAAAAUUUCCUCUUUAGAAAAAUAUAAGGACGAUUUGUUCUUGAGAAUUUAAAUGGUUGAUAAUCAAAGCUCCUACAACAACAUAAAAAGAUAAUAAGCUAGCAUAGAAUCAGACAGGAAGAUUCCACAAAUACAUUAAAAGAGAAUCGUUUUCCUGGGAUAUCUUUUUGAUUCAAUAUCAUAAUAUAUUAAAAUUUGGGCCUCUACUUGGAAAGUUGGGAAUCAGUAAGACCCGAAAGGCACAUUAUGGUAUAGAAACAGAGCCACGUCUAAAGUCCUUAGAUUUACCAUUACAUUUCUCAAGAUAACCAGCAGUAUAAUUGGAGAGCUGGGUAUGAUAUUUCUUGUUAACUGAUAUUCUUGCUUCCUUAUCGCACUUGUUCACUGAGAGCCUAUUGUCAAAAUUAACCAUGUUUCAACAGACAUGUUUUUCUCUGAAACUUGCUUGUAAUAAAUGAAUACUUAUUUUCACAA